AAAACGUUGUUGAGAUCUUGUUAUUAAGGACACUGUCGACGACUUUCUUUCUAGAAGGCAAAGAACCCCAGAGUGCCAAAAUAAAAUUGUUUAUCAUGGCAAAUCUUUGCAAAACGUUUGUUCGGUCCUUUGCAACAAGUGCACAAAGAGCAAAUGUCUUUAACCAUGUUACUGUCGUUGGAGGAGGACUAAUGGGGGCAGGUAUUGCACAGGUUGCUGCAUCUACAGCACACACAGUGGCCUUGGUGGAUCAGGACCACACCAUUCUGGGGAAAUCUAUGACAAGCAUUCAGAAGAGCCUGUAUAGAGUUGCCAAUAAGAAGUUUGCCGACAAACCAGCAGCAGGAGAACAAUUUGUGAGGGAUACCAUUGCCAGGAUAACCCCGACUACCAGCCCCAUUACCUGUGUCGCUCACACAGAUCUGGUGAUAGAGGCCAUCGUGGAGAACCUGGAAAUCAAGAAGAACCUGUUCAGAGAAAUCGAGGCAGUAGCUCCACAACACACUAUAUUUACAAGUAAUACAUCCUCUCUUCCAAUUGGUGAAAUUGCUAUAGCAUCAAAACGCAAGGACAGAUUUGCAGGACUGCAUUUCUUUAACCCUGUCCCAAUGAUGAAACUACUAGAGGUGGUCAGGAUCCCAGCCACAAGUGAUGCUACAUUUGAUAAGUUGCUUGCAUUUGGAAAAGAUAUGGGGAAGACUACAGUCUCUUGCAAGGACACUCCAGGAUUUAUUGUAAAUAGACUAUUGGUGCCUUAUAUGCUGGAAGCAGUCAGAAUGGUAGAAAGAGGAGAUGCUUCCAUGAAAGACAUCGAUACAGCAAUGAAGCUUGGGGCAGGAUAUCCCAUGGGGCCAUUUGAACUGUCCGAUUAUGUUGGACUCGAUACAAUGAAAUUCAUAUUGGAUGGUUGGCAUAAGGCUUUCCCUGACAACCCCCUCUUCAAGCCUAGUCCUUUAUUGGAUAAAUAUGUAGCACAAGGAAAACUUGGAAACAAGACGGGCGAAGGCUUCUACAAACACUGAAGCUGGGACUGUGAUGCUGACGACCUCAUACAAACAGUGAUACCGAGUGACACUGGGGGUUAGAACGUGCCAUACAUACAUAGUGCUCAUCAAUACAUGUGUGGGGUGUUAAAACUUAAUUCAUUGCUGUUUGUCUCUAAGACUAAAAGGUGAUAUGUCAUCAAAUGUUUUUUUUUAUCCUUAAAAUUAAAAGAUAAAACAUUUCA